AAGUGGCGACAGGAGCAGGACAGACGGAGCGGAGCGGAGCAGAGCGGAGCGAGGCUUCAAAACACAAACAGCAAAGAACAACAGCCGCCAACCUCAACAGCGCAGGGAACUCAGCGGCUGCUUUGGAGAACAAGCAGCACAUCUGCGGAUUUGUUUAACUUAUUUUCGCCUGGACACCGGCUCUGAAGAGUUCAUCUGCAGAGUGGAGAAGUGAAGUGAAUCGAAUCGAAGCGAAGCAGGAGGCUACUGGAUCUUCUGAACAACACGCAUCCUGUACGAGCUACAAUUAAACCUUUGCACCCUUUUCGUCUUUUACUCCAUUUGUAUUUAUAUAAUCGCGUGGCUUGUGAACACACUUAUGCUUGGCGCACUCGGUGUAACAUCGCACCUGAUGAAAAGCUGCAGUCUCCGGGGUCGUCUGUUCAAGCGUGCUGUGAAUUGAUGAACUGGACAAUCCACAGAUUUGUGAAGGAUCUUCUCAUACUUCAUUUCAAAUACUCGGGCUCUCUGACGUGAUCCUGGUGCACGAGUGACAGCACCUAAAGAUGUCAAGUUUCACUUUCACUCUACUGUCAACUGAUAUGGCCCGAAGUGCAAGCUGCUGAAAACGAAAGCAAUGCCUAUGACGCCGUAGCACCAGGUACCCACAGCUUUUGUGAUGUGACGCAUCGGCCCCCUUUGUUCUUGCCUUGAUCUCACACCCUCGCUGUUUUAAUGAGGUGAACAUAUUUGGCUCGUGACUUUCUUCAACAAAGCGUUGUGUGGUGUAGCCCCACGCUCUUUCUUCUCUUUCUGUGUGCGCAUCCUCGGCUUACAAUGAGUUUGUGAAAGGAGUUUCUGAGCUUCAAAGCAAGCACGCCGUGCUGCUUUUUACAGCCUUCCAGAUACAAAGACUGGUCCAAAACUCCUGGGAUUUUUAUAUAUAUUUUUUUCUCUUCCAUGUCAUUUGGACUUGAUUUUGUCACCCUGAAUGCACUCUGUGACGAGAUGAAUUGACGGUGACCUGGAGAGUCGCUCAGGCAUCGCAGCUCGUGUUCUACAUCUUGUACUUCCACCAUCAUUGAUCAAAAGCUCUCCUUCUUGACCACUACAGCCAUCUUCCAGUUUAACAUUACGUGUGACAUCCAGACACCAAAACAAGGUCCCCUCAGUCACUCCACCAUCCUGGAAACUGGAAUUUGUUUGUGGCGAGCGCGUGUUGCUGUGUGGCUGCUGUUCGGUUGCACGCCUGAAGCCGUGUGAGUGGAUUGGUGCGAGCGAGUGCAGGGAGGAAGCCGAGCACAGGGCCGCUGGACUACAGAGCUCACGACUCUGGGUUCAGGCCAUGAGGUUUCAUGCCUCAAUCCACUGACGGGAGACACUGGACCUAAAUGGCGCAGCAUGACUUUGUUCCUGCCUGGCUUAACUUCUCCACGCCUCAGCCUGCCAAGUCCCCUGCAGCCCCUCUUGAGAAGCAUGGUGAGCACUGUGCUCGUGGAGACGGCCGGCCGGGAGUGAGCCGCCGUAGACACAACUCCUCCGACGGCUUCUUCAACAACGAUCUGCUCCGUGCUCCGUCAGGUGAUGGGUGGCUCCAGCCGUCUUUGCUGAGGCACGACUCUGUGGACUCUGGCGUCGCUAAGGGCAAUCAGGGAGGUUUGGGUAGUGGACAUGGCUGGAAGGAGACCCCCAGCUGGCAUGGGGCCCCACGCGGUCAAGAGGGCCCUCACCAUCACCAUGGGCGCCAUGCCAAACGCGGCGGAGGAGACAGGGACCGGCAGGGUGGCCAUCGGCAACGCAACGGCAACUUCCAUCCACGCAAAGGCGCUCCCUUCCAGGACCGUUACUCUGAUGAGGAGCGCAAUGAGGACAAGCUUAAGUUUGUUGAAGAGGAUUUUCCCUCCCUGAAUCCAGAGACGACUGGAAAGGCAGUGAGUCAGGCUCGCGCUGUGGGAACUCCAGCAGGCGUGUGGGAGAAUCCUCCCAGCGCUAAGCAGACUAUGUCGAAGAUGCUGGUCAUUAAGAAAGUGUCUAAGGAGGACCCCAGUGCUGCAUUCUCUGCUGGUUUUGCUAGUGCCGGUCCGCUGCCUGCCAACGGCUCCAAAGUCCCCAUCACUGGACCCAGUGUCUACAAGAACCUGGUUCCCAAACCUGCUACUGCCCCAACUAAGACUGGCCCUUGGAAACCCAAUGGAAGGGAAACUAAAGUGGGUUUGCAUUUUUCUGGUCGGGAUUCAGCCUUCACCAGCCCUGUGUCUGUGACCAAACCUCUGACCCCGGUCAACGCACCAUCCCAUGGCACUCCAAAAGAGCCACCAUCCAGCACUACUCCUCCCAUAGACAUCACUCCUCCUCGGCUGAAGCUGAUGCGGCGUGGCACAGACCGUAAGAGCGAGUUCCUGCGUGGACUGAAGGACGAGAGGAAUGGAGAGGUGAGCAGCUGCCACAGCCCUGGAGCUCCAACAGAGGGAGAGAGCAGUACUCCUGAGCCUAAAGAGUAUGGGGAAAGCCACGAGAACGGCAUGUCUCACUCUCUUAGUGACUCAGAUACUGAGCACCUAUCCAGCUCACUGGAGGCCGAACACCGGCUGCUUAAGGCAAUGGGCUGGCAGGAGUAUCCCGAGAACGAUGACUUCCAGCCCCUCACAGAGGACGAACUCAAGGAGUUCCAGGCGAAGACUGAGCAGAUGAAGAAGAACGGGUUGGGGCGUAACGGUGUGCUCCUGAAGCCGCGUGCUGUGGCGCUGCUGGCCUGGAGGAACUCCACCAACACCGGCCUGGAUGAAGGCUCCGAGUCUGAGACCAGCAGUAGCAGCCAGACUUCAGACGACGAGGAUACCUAACGUGGCUUUAAAUCUAAUCCUGUCCUCCUUCCUCAAUCUCUCUCUUCCCCCCCUCUGUCUCUCUUACAUCACACCUUACAUUUCAAAGAAAAUGAGUGAAUAUAUUGUUUCCAUGGACAAGAGCCAUCAGUCAUAUCCCAGUGUGAGAGAGAGAGAACACUGAAAUGACACAGGCGAUUUGCUUUUCUUUUCUUCCUUUUCUCUCCUGGUCUCAUGUUUUUUCCCUUUUUCUCCCCAGACUAGAAAUGUCUAUCUAAAGCCACACACACGCGUGCAUCCCCCACCGGAUAUUUUUUGUUUUUUGAUUUGUUUUUGCUUGGGGAAAAAAAAAAAAAAAAAAGACUAACUCCUAAUAACACCAGUUAUAACUGUCACUUAACGUGGAAUAUGACUUCAUCUGAAUGUUAUAUAAAAUGGCUUUGACACCUUUUCUGAAAUAUAUAUAUAAAUAUAUAUAUUUUUUUUCCUUUUUGCGAAAACAAUUCGUAGCAUUAGUGUUAAGAUGAAACAAUCAAUCAUUGUGAGCCACUAACAGCGGCGUUGUUCCCAGUCCCUCAUAGAAAUGAACACAAGCCAGCAAGGGCACGAAAACACAAGCCCAACAGAAGUCGUGUGGGUGGGGUUUCUUUUUUUUUUUUUAAAGUACAGUUUGGCAGCUAAGCUCUGAGCCCUUCUCUUGUGUUUGACUCAAACUGUACUGGUUCCACUGUUCUCACUCUGCUUUUUGAACUAAAUAUGAGCAAGCUUGUGAAUGUAUGAUCAAAGUGACCACGUUGGAUUUGAUAUGUAGCUUACACGAGCGUAGAGUGAAGAGCGGUUCGUUAUGAAAAGGCAGUAAUAGAGGAAAGCUUCACUGACCGGUUGGUUUUCUUCGGGGAAUAAAAACAGCAUCUCGGUGCGAUUUGAUUUGACGGACAAAAUUGAUCUGAUUUUGGGCUUGCAGGAUUUCAAAUGCUUCUCGUCCUAUGACGAGUUCAAUCCCAAAGAAUUAUGCUAAUAUUCUCCUGAAGCCAGAAUGCUGACAUGAAGCAUCUUUUUUUUUUUUUUUUUUUUUUUUUGUCGUCAGCCAUGGUGUUUCAUCAAUUUCACUGUUUUGCUUUCGAAGAAUGAAUUCAGACUUGAAAGGUAAUUAGAGGAAAAUGCAGCCUUGUCAGGUAAAUUUGAGUCCACUGGCACAAAAUUGCUAUGAAGUGAAUGAUUUGAUUGAUUUUCUAAUUGACUUGUUAGAAAAGAGUCCUUAUUCUGUCGAGCUUUCCUCUUGUAAAAACAAGUUUUGUUCUGAUCACAAACGUGUUACGAGAAGUCUAGAUGCUCUUCUGUGUGUGCAGCUGAUAGAACAGUAGAUGUCCAUCUGCAAAAGUUCUGUAUUUCAUGAGGGACUGCUGGUGGAAAUUAUGCAUCUCCAUAAAUUUUUUUUUUUUUUAAUUUUUAUUUUUUUUUUGUACCUUGUUUUUGCUGAUAGGGUAUAAAAAGGCUUUAUUACAGAUUUUUUUUUUUUUUUUUUAAUGUUGGUACAGCUGUAAAAAUCCCACAUCAAUAGUUUGUUUUUCUUCUUUUUCUUUUUGUUUGCAUUAUGUUGUUCCUGCAGCCUUGAUAUUCAGGGUGGAUUGUACAAAAAUAUAAGAAUAAAAAUUGUGAGUUUUGGAAGAUGAUGAUUAUUUUGUUAAUGUUAUUUGCAGAUAAUAAGGUGUCAUAAAUGGGUUUAUCUGUAUAAGACAAAGCAAAAAAAAAAAAACCUUCUGCAGCUUGGAGGGGGGAGGAAAUGAAGAAAUUGUAAUAAAUAUUUUGCACCAAUUUGCCAAA